GUGCCUCUGACGUAACAACAGGCGCACAGCCUCCGGGCCCGUCUUUCUCGAAGGGAACAGGAGAACCGUGUCGCUCACGCUAUGACGCCAAAAGAAGCACGACUAUAAGGAUCGGAAGGCGGCAAAGGCUGAAGGACGCAGUUUGUGACCCUGUGUUUGGGGAAUUGAGCCGAAAUGGAAACUGAAAAUGGAAGUCAAGACAAAGUAAUGGAAGAGGAAAACAUUGAAAAGAAAAAAGAUGUAGAAAAAAAGAAACGGUCUCGAGUUAAACAGGUCCUUGCAGAUAUUGCUAAGCAAGUGGACUUUUGGUUUGGAGAUGCCAAUCUUCACAAGGAUCGAUUUCUUCGAGAGCAGAUAGAAAAAUCUAGAGAUGGAUAUGUUGAUAUAUCACUUCUUGUGUCAUUUAACAAAAUGAAAAAAUUGACCACUGAUGGUAAAUUAAUUGCCAGGGCAUUGAAAAGUUCAGCAGUUGUAGAGCUGGAUUUAGAAGGCACCAGGAUCAGGAGGAAAAAGCCCCUAGGUGAAAGACCAAAGGAUGAAGAUGAGCGGACAGUGUAUGUGGAGUUACUUCCCAAAAAUGUUAAUCACAGCUGGAUUGAAAGAGUAUUUGGUAAAUGUGGCAAUGUUGUUUAUAUAAGCAUACCACAUUAUAAGUCUACUGGAGACCCAAAGGGAUUCGCCUUUGUGGAAUUUGAAACAAAAGAACAAGCAGCAAAAGCUAUUGAGUUUCUUAACAAUCCACCAGAAGAGGCACCAAGAAAACCUGGGAUAUUUCCUAAGACAGUGAAAAAUAAACCCAUUCCAGCUCUAAGAGUACCUGAAGAAAAGAAGAAGAAAAAAAAGAAGAAAGGCCGAGUGAAGAAGGAAGACAAUGUCCCGACCAAAGAUGCAAACAUGGACACAAGCAAUGAGAACGUCUGUAAACUGAAACGAUCCAGGACCACAUCUGAGGGGUCUGAUGUAGAAGUAACUGAAGCACAAAAGCCACCCUCAAAGAAAAAGAAAAAAAGGGAAAAAGCUGAAGUGUCCAACUUACCUGAAGUCAGAACCGGGAAGAGGAAAAGGAGUGCCUUCGCAGACACAGAAUGCUUAGCUCCCAGAUCUAAAGUAAAAAAAUUGACUCAAAAAGAAAACAUUAAAAAAGAAGUUAAAGAAGUUACCAAAGAAAACAAAGAUUUAGAGGUCUCUACAGAAGAGGAAAAGGAUACCAGAGAUAUCAAAGAUGGAUCUCUCUUAAAAGCAAAAAGGAAGCAUAAGAAAAAACAUAAAGAGAGACAUAAAAUGGGAGAAGAGGUUAUACCAUUAAGAGUACUAUCAAAGAGUGAAUGGAUGGAUUUGAAAAAGGAGUAUUUAGCUUUGCAAAAAGCCAGCAUGGCCUCUUUAAAAAAAACAAUAUCCCAAAUAAAAUCAGAGUCAGAAAUGGAAACAGAUCAUGGCGAACCUAAUAAAUCUGGAAUGAAAAAUGAAAAAACCAACAGUGAAGAAUGUCGCCCCCAGGAGGUUAAUGCUAUGGGACCACAGUUUGUGAGUGGAGUGAUUGUGAAGAUCAUUAGCGCAGAGCCCCUACCUGGCAGGAAACAAGUCCGGGAUACUUUGGCAGCGAUCUCAGAAGUUGUUUAUGUUGAUUUGCUAGAAGGAGAUACAGAAUGCCAUGUAAGAUUUAAGACUCCUGGGGAUGCUCAAGCAGUAAUAAAUGCAUACACGGAAAUUAAAAAGAAGCACAGCUGGAAACUCGAGGUCCUUUCUGGUGAUCAUGAACAGCGAUAUUGGCAGAAGAUUUUGGUAGACAGGCAGGCCAAACUUAAUCAGCCUCGGGAAAAGAAAAGAGGCACCGAGAAGUUAAUCACCAAAGCUGAGAAGAUUAGACUGGCAAAGACUCAACAAGCAAGUAAACACAUUAGAUUUUCUGAAUAUGAUUGAAAAAAAAAAUGGUUUAACUCUGAAUAUUUCACUGGAUACUUGAGCUAUUGGAAGAUAAAUUUUUACUAUGGUAAUACUGUACAAUGAAUGUUGUUCUAAAACUUACAUUUAAUGAAGAGCAUAUGUUUGUUCUUCAACUUGUAAGUAAGGCUUUUUUCUAGAAACAAGUACAUUGUAUACCAGUCUUUCAUUAAACAUUUUAUUUGUUGAAAUCAUCUUAUGUAAUAUCAACCACGAAGUGAUUUAGUAAAUAAAUGUGUUUUGAACAUUA